AUGUGCUCCGCAUAUGGCGCACAAAUAAGCGAGCGUGGAAAAGAGCUUCUCCAAUUUCUAAUCUCCGAUCUCAAUCUCAAUCUGAUGCCUCCAUUGUUACUAUUGGUGUUUCUGAUUCAAGCAUGGCCAGUGAAGCCACAAGCUGAUAGAAACAUAUUUAUAUUGGCCGGUCAGAGCAACAUGGCGGGACGAGGGGGCGUAGUAAACGACACAACCACCGGGGUCACAACAUGGGACGGUGUCGUUCCUCCACAGUGUAGGCCCAGUCCUUCAAUUCUUAAACUCAACGCGCAGCUAAUGUGGGUGGAAGCGCGUGAGCCACUCCACGCCGACAUCGAUACUAAGAAGACAAACGGGGUUGGGCCUGGGAUGGCAUUUGCGAAUACUGUGUUGGAUAAGAACGCAGGAUUUGGUGUUGUUGGUUUGGUCCCUUGCGCGAUUGGAGGCACCAACAUAAGCGAGUGGGAACGGGGUAAAGAGCUUUACAAUAAGAUGAUAAAGAGGGCCAAGGCAUCGUUGCACGAUGGAGGAAGUAUCAGAGCUCUUCUUUGGUAUCAAGGAGAGACUGAUACCGUUUAUUUACACGAUGCCCAAUCUUACCAAAGAAGCCUCCGCAAGUUCUUCUUCGACGUUCGUGAUGAUUUGCAGUCUCCAUUGCUUCCUAUAAUCCAGGUAGCCCUGGCAUCUGGAUCAGGCCCUUACGUAGAGAUAGUAAGACAGGCCCAGCUGGGUAUUGAUCUCCUAAAUCUGAAAACUGUUGAUGCUCAUGGUUUGCCCCUUGAGCCCGAUGGGCUGCACCUUAUGACCUCGGCCCAGGUUGAUCUUGGUGGAAUGAUGGCUAAUGCAUUCCUUCAGUUCGUACCCUCUUCCACUUCAAAUCACAAUGUUAGCCGAGCAAGUAAUGAGGCUUCUGUCAGGCUUUAUGAUUGUGCCUUUUAUGUUUAUACGCUCCCCUUCUUCUUAACAUUUCUCAUAGUAUUGUACCAGACUUUCUUAUAGUAGCCUUUUUCUUUUUCAUUACUAUUUUCAUCCCUAGGCAUAAACACAAUCACAAAAUUAAUUAUAUUUUGGAGCCUAAAACAAAAUUCGAGCAGUG